AAAUCUCUAGUGUGGAGAUGGAUGGAUCCAAACAUCCACAUUCAAUACCACUGCAUUUGCUAGAAAACCCCAAUUCAAAUGGAUUCGAAGAAGUCCAACAAAAUCAGAGACAUUGUUAGGCUUCAGCAGAUCCUUAAGAAGUGGAAGAAGCUAGCAAAUGCACCAAAGAAUGCCACCAACAAUUUCCUCAAAAGAACUCUCUCUUUCUCUGAUGUUUCCACUGCAUCCACAGAGGUUGUUCCUAAAGGGUUCCUGGCUGUCUGCGUGGGAAAGGAGCUCAAGAGAUUUAUCAUCCCAAUGGAGUACUUGGGUCAUCAGGUAUUUGGGAUUCUACUUAAAGAAGCUGAGGAGGAAUUCGGGUUCCAACAAGAAGGUGUGUUGAAGAUCCCUUGUGAAGUGUCUGUGUUUGAGAAGAUCUUGAAGAUGGUGGAGAACAAAAGGGAUGCUUUCUUCAACUUGCAUGAACUUGAUAAAGAAAUAAUUGGACAUAAUUGUGAGCUAACACCUUCUCAUCAUCCUCAAAUGUGUAGAUGAUUUUCCUUAAUUUUUUCGUUUUUGUAUCAACUACUUUUUUCUUUCCUUUUUCUAGUCCAAGGAACGCUUGUGUGCAAUAUCACAAUGCCCACUUAAUAAGGUAGAACUAUGAGA